ACUGCGGCAUUGCUCACGGCACUGCUAUUUUACUACGGUUGUAUUACUAUAAUAGUUAUGCCAAGCUAACAUGUCAAUCAAUCAAUCAAGUCGUAAAUAAUGACUUGAUUGAUUACUAAGCAAAAGACCGGCCGACUUGAUUGAUUGACUAAUCGCAUUUGGAUCAAGUUAAGUCAAUCAAUCAAGUUGGACUUGAUUGUGGACCACACUGCCCAGAUAUGCCCCUGCUUGCACGAGCGCAAGCGGGAGACCACCUAGCUUAUGAAGCAACUCCUGGAUAUCUGCUGGCGAUAUUAGCGAUCGUGGAUACUAUGCGGCGCUACUACUCGUACAUACUCAUCACCGCUUUGUCUGCACGUAUCUCGACCAUCUUUCUUGCUAGCUGAUUGU